GUUUACAUCUGUAUGAAUUCAAUAAGAAAAUCCCUGUACUUGAAGCUUUUUCUUAUUGGAUAUAUCAUUUAAUGUCAUCAAGUCAUCAAAACACGAUGAUCACCAGUGAAGAUAAAUAACAUUACUUGAAUUAACAUGAUAAAGACUUAUUGUUAUAAUAUGUUGCUGAUAUCGAGUAAAACACAUAUUUAUUGAAAUAAAUAGGCCGAUGUCAGAGUAGAGAGAAGCGGAGCAAGGGCACGCGUCGAACGAGACGAACCGAAAUUGUGUGUAUAAAUUAUAAAACGCCAAGUCGCCAACUCAUUAGACCGCCAUCAGCCAUGCUACAUCUGAAUGUAUUCAAACCUCGAAACUUGCAGUCUGAUAACUGGACAUUUCUUUCAACAAAAAAUCAUGUUUGCAUCUCGUAUGACGACGUGUACAAAAAUCCGGAAACUAAUCAGCGUCGGUUCUAGUGUCGCGGUUUCGCAUAGCUAUUCUUACAAGAACACCACUAUAUAUUAUCAAAGAUACUGCCAGCCCCACUCCGCCACACCCAACCAUGGCAGAACCCUUAAGAAAUGAAACCCACCACGAGUUUGAAAGCUUCCACAGGUUCUUUGAGAGCUGGCUCCUCGAGCAAAACCAGUACCUGCAAGAAUUGGUGUCCGCUUCAAGGACAAUCCAGGGAGAGGUAGAUGAGAGAAUUAUAUGGUCUCUGGUUGAACGUGUGGUUAACCAUUACGAGCAUUAUUACAGGGCUAAAUCCAGGUGGGCUAAAAAUCAUGUAAUGUCCAUGUUUACUCCGUCGUGGAGGAGCAGUCUUGAGGAUGCUUUUCUAUGGAUUGGAGGAUGGAGGCCGAGCAUUACUUAUCACUUGUUGUAUUCAAAGUCAGGGUUACAACUCGAGGCCAGAGUCGCUGAGUUGAUUAGAGGACUCAGCACGGGUGACUUGGGAGAUCUCUCUCCAAAUCAGCUAUACCAGGUGAAUGAAUUGCAGAAGAAUACUAUAAGAGAGGAGAGGGAUAUUACUGAGAAGCAUGCCAAGUUACAGGAGACUGUGGCUGACACGUCCACGGUGGAGCUGUCCCAUGUAGUGACAGAGUUAUUGAGGGAGGAAGAGCGCGCCAGUGCGGUGGAGGACGGCCAAGUCGAGGCAAAUCUGACUUCGAAGGAGAACCGUUUGGUGGAAGUUAUGCAAAAGGCUGAUGAUUUAAGGCUGAAAACUCUCAAACAAGUGGUUGAAGUUCUAACUCCGGCCCAGUCUGUCCAUUUCUUCAUUGCCGCAGCGGAGCUGCACUUGAGGGUUCAUGAAUGGGGUAAAAGGCUUGAUGCCCGGAACAACACCACCAACUCGCCGAACAUGGCAAAUGACAAUGGCCAUAGCCAGUAAACACUUAGUUAUUUGUAGCUUUUUUACUGUUUGUUUGCUUGUUCACAAGUGUGAGCUUUUUAGGUGUGUUUUCUGUUCCAUUCCACAAAUAUACAUAUCAUCAAGAUUCAUGUUAUCAAUAUAUAAUAUACUGCUGAUGUUCAAAGACUGCAAAAUUGAAAGGGAUAUGGAAAUUGCUGAUAUAUAACUCAAAAGUCUUACACUAUGUGGAUGGCUCUUAGGGCAGGGCUAACUACACAAAACCAGAAUACUAAUGCUACAAGCUCUGUGCGCGUACCCCGCUUUAUUCAACACCCAAAAAAAAACAAAACAAAAAAACAAAGUAACAAGGAACCUGCUAACAAAAGCUCUCAUUGGAAGCAAAGCCUGGCAUAGAGAAAAAGAAGCAUGUUCGCUUUAUUCAACACCCAAAAAAAAAACAAAAAAAAAAAAAAAA